AUGGACUGAAUGAGGUUGCUCUAAAGUCUAUAGUUGCAUUGUUGAAUGUUGGUCUAUGCAUUUUAUUUCCUGAUAUCUAUGUUAGUUAGCUUUCUGCUACAUCAAGAAAAAAUAUAUACAAAUGACUGGCAUUAUUCCAUCAAAUACACUAGGUUGGCUUUUAUAUCCUUUUCCUUGCAACCCAUUAAUCAUAUAGCAUUAUGAAUCUAAUCAUGAUCGGUUCAUUUCUUUCUUUCUUUUAAUUUUGUCCUGCUCAAUUAUGGGUGCGUGCUGGAGGUUGUGAUUUGUUUCUUCCAAUUAUGAAAAUUCAUCCUGAUGGAAUUUUGAAGAUGAAGAAACUAAGAAAAGAUGUCCUCAAAGCAAUUGCAAGAAUCUGGCAUUGAAGUCAAUGAAACCGAUGAGAGAGACACUUAAGCAGAAGAUAAUUAAGUCCAUCAACUGGAUUGUGGAGCAAUGGAACGGGACUCUUUUAAAGGUGAAAAAUGGAGCAAUGGAGCUGAUAUGACUGUGUAAGGAGAAUUAGUAGACCAGCAAAAGAUGUUUGCAGCGUGCUAGGAUGAACUGUGGGAAUUUAUCAAUAGGAUGAUUUAUUUAUUAAAUCUUUGUAUCAGGAUGAUUUAUGGUAUGCAAAAAGCAACAUGGUUUUAUGGUUAUCUUAUGGUGUAUUUUCCAAAAGAAAAAAAAGAGCCAUUCCAUUAUGAGGAUGAGUGGUAUCUUGUUUAUGAUUAUAUGCCGAAUGGUAGCCUUGAAGACCAUCUCUUUCCACACUUGGACAGUGAAAAUGGAAAGAAAACUCUGACAUGGUCUCAAAGAAAAAGCAUAAUCUUGGAUGUAGCAAAUGGGUUGGUUUAUUUGCACUGUGGAGUUAAACCUGCUAUUUAUCACAGAGAUAUCAAGCCCACCAAUAUAUUACUUGAUGCAUGUAUGAGAGCAAGGGUUGCUGAUUUUGGACUAGCCAAACAGAGCAGUGAAAGCAGGUCUCAGCUAAAUACUAGAAUAGCAGGAACUCAUGGAUAUUUAGCCCCAGAAUAUGCAUUGUAUGGUCAGUUAACUGAGAAGAGUGAUGUCUAUAGUUUUGGUGUGGUUAUUUUGGAAAUAGUGUGUGGAAGAAAAGCUCUUCAGUUGUCUUCAUCUGGUACACCAGCUUUCUUGAUCACAGAUUGGGUUUGGUCAUUGAUGAAAUCUGGUCACAUAGAAGAGGCUUUGGAUGCUUCUCUCAUGAUAGAUGGAAAUUCCUCAUCUAGAAACAUAAUGGAGAGAUUUUUGUUGGUUGGAAUUCUUUGUUCUCAUUUAAUGGUUGCUUCCAGGCCAACUACUUUGGAGGUUUUGAAGAUGUUAGAAGGGGACCUUGAGGUUCCACCAAUUCCUGAUAGGCCAAUGACUCUUGGGCAACACAUGUUUUCCAAUGCUGAUUCAACAGAAUGGUGAAAAACAAGAUGUAAUGGUUGCUAGCAAUCAAAUUAAAUUGUGACCCUAAUAAGUGAAUUUUACUUGCAAAGUAAGACUUCAAAUUACAUUAUUA